UCUGCAAAUGGCACCAUCUGCAUCAUUGCAGGUGGUAGCGCUGAUCUAUCAGACUACAACCAGCUCAUCGUGGUCCGCCCGAACCUAUCUUACAGCCUAGUUAGGACCGACGACUACAAAAACGCGGUGAAGAGGAUCUUGGACCAGUGCAUAAUUUCAGGCCAACACUAUGGUGGGUAUUGGAAACGAGCGGACGGGCUGGAUAUCGAAACUUCCAGCAGCUUAUACAGGCGCGUUCCU